CCCUGUCUGUCGAAGAGAGACCCGGGCCACACGGAAGUGUGAAACAGGACAUUCUCCCUCCUUUGCUCAGCGUGUAAAGUCCACUUCUCCUGCAGCACUCUCACUUUGCUGUGUACGGUUCCUCAAACCAGGGAAGAGGCAUUCUGGUCGAUCUGGAGAAGGGGUCUCGUGCGUGAACAAGGGGACAGGGCUGAGGAUUCGGGAGGUGGGACGAAGCAGCGCCCGGCAAGCAGGUUUACCUGAAUGGAGAGGUUGUGAUUGCGUGCUGGUGUUGUAACGGAGAAUACGGAGGAUGGCAGACGGAGGCCAGCCCGACGCGCCACGGAGGGGGGGGUGGGGCUUCUCUUCCAUGAGGGUCAGACGCAGAACAUCCAAUGAGGAGGAUGGACGGAUGGGGUUUGGACGGAGGAUGAACAGGCUAUUCUCCUCUGUCCGAACGGACUCCCGGAGGGCGGAUCCACAGACGCUGGAGCAGGACGAUGUCAGAGGGUCGGGGGCCGCAGCUGGAGCAACACGUCCAUUCUUCCUGCGCCGGACGGAUAAGAUGAACAGUGAGAAGGAACCCAUUUCAGAGGACAGUGGGAAGGAGAAGCCUCCAACAGGCCAGGACCACUGUGCAGUCAUGGCCAUCGAGGAUGAAGCUGAUCAAGGUCGGAUGAAGAGAUUCAGCACUAUGUUGAACCAUAUUCACGGGAAGCUCACCAAAGAAAGAGGUGUUAAGGACCCUGACCCUCCCCAGCCCAUAGCCGCGCCUCUCAAGGAGACCCCAGGCCCCACCCGGGAGACCAGCUACGCCAGCGGGCAGGUCUUCUUUGAGUACCUGGUGGUGGUUAGCCUCAAGAGGAAGCAGGAAGGGGUCUAUGAGCCCCAGAUCACAUACCAGUUCCCCAAGCGCGAUGGGAUGAUGAAAUCCCAGAAGCAGGAAGAGGAGAAGACCCUCAAGGCCAUCACUCUCUUUUGCUUUCCCGAGGGGAUCAACUGGACCCCGCUGACCGAGUACCGAAGCGAGACCUUCUCUUUCGUUCUGACAGAGAUUGAUGGGAGCAGGAGAAAUGGCUACUGCAGGAGGUUGCUGCCCCAUGGCAAAGGAGCCCGCCCCCCGGAGGCCUACUGCAUCAUCAGCCAGCUGGCCUGUUUCGGCCUGUUCUCCAAGAUCUUCGAUGAGGUGGAAAAGAGGCGGCAGAUCUCCAUGGCAAUGAUAUACCCGUUCAUGCAGAGCCUGCGGGAGGCGCCCUUCCCUGCCCCGGGCCACACCGUCAAAAUCAAAAGCUUCAUCCCCGAGUCUGGAACCGAGAUAAUCAGCCUGACGCGGCCUCUGGACUCGUGGCUGGAGCAUGUAGACUUCCGCACACUGUUCCGCUGUCUGACGGACGAGGAGGUGCUGCAGGUGUUCGCCGCCACCGUCAUGGAGCGACGCAUCAUCUUCAUUGCUGAGGAGCUCAGCACCCUGUCUCAAGUGAUUAACGCCGUGGCUGCCCUCCUCUACCCCUUCACCUGGCAACACACCUUCAUCUCCAUCGUCCCUGAGAUCCUCAUCGAUGUCGUCAUGGCGCCCACCCCCUACCUUCUGGGGGUUCAGAAGCACAUGCUGGACUUUAUCACUGACCAAAGUGAUCUGCUUAUUGUGGAUUUAUCAGAAGGGGCCCAGAAUACCUUCAUUACGACUAUAGGAGACGAGAAGUCCAUCCUACCCCCAAAACUACAAGACGAAAUCCUGCAGGCUUUAAGUGCCAGGAAAGAGAAAUCAACGCCAGAGGAGCUGAACAGGGUGGUCUCGGAGGCCUUCCUGCCCUUCUUCGUGAAGACGGUGGGCCACUUCGCCGCCCACGUUAAGCGCAACGGCAGUGGCCAGCCAGGAGUCUUCCAAAAAAGGAACUUCUACAAGGCCAUUGAGUCCAAGACCACCCGGCACUUUGUCAAGAAGUUCAUCCAGACGCAGAUGUUCGACCUGUUCAUCCAGGAGGUGGAGCAGCGGCCGGAUGCCCAGGAAGGAUUUUUCCACAAAAAGAUUGCCGAAUACCAGGAAAAGAAGAAAGAGAAGACAAAGAAACUGUAAAACUCAUGGGGUUGGGGGGUGGGUU